AUGGAGGUGGAGGUGGAGGUGGACAAUAAUCUUAAAUCACCAACCAUCACCACCACCACCAACCACCACAAACCACCACAAACCACCACAAACCACCACCACAAACCACCACCACCACCACAAAUCCCCCACCACCAUGAGUUUCCGCAAACGCAACAUCGUCAUCAACCGCGGCGCCCCCGCGCCCCCGCCCACCACACCCACCACCACACCCACGGCCCCCAAGCCCCCCACCCCGGGCAUCCGCCCCUCGCCAUCAACGGCCAGCCCACAACGUCGACAGGCACGCCCUCGCUCGACGCGCUGCUCGCCGGCCACGCCGGUCUGCCGCUCGGCUGCUCCGUGCUCAUUGAGGAGCCGGGCACGACGGACUUUGGCGGCGCGCUGCUGCGGUACUACGCGGCCGAGGGGAUCGUGCAGGGCCAUGCGGUCACGGUGGUGGGUGUGCCCGAGGCGUGGGUGCGGGAUCUGCCGGCGGUGACGGGCGCGGUGGAGGCGCACCACCCCUUCACCCCCCUCCUCACCCACCUCACCACAGCAAUCACCACCCACGCCCCCCACCCACACCGCAUCCUCCUCCCCUCCCUCCUCUCCCCGCUCCUCUACCCCCCCGCCGCCGCAACCCCCUCCCACCUCCUCCCCUUCCUGCACGCCCUGCGCGCGCUGCUCCGCGCCCACCCCGCCGUCACACUCAUGGCCAGCCUGCCGCUCGAGCUGUACCCGCGCGCCAGCGGGCUCGUGCGCUGGGCCGAGGUGCUGGCGGACUGUGUUGUUGAGCUGACGCCGUUUGGGCGUGCCGUGAAGGAGGAGGGGGCGCCGCAGGGGCUGGUGAGGGUGUGGAAGGUGCCGGUUGUGGGGGAGAGGGGCGGCGGCGUGGGGGGUGCAGUGGGCAGGGGGGAGGAUCUGGCGUUUGUGGUUACUAGGAGGAGGUUUGAGAUUGGGCCGUAUUCGCUGCCACCGAUGGAGGAGGAGGAGGGGGGAGGGGGUGGGGAGGAGGUGGGGAAGGCGAAGAAGGUGGAUGUGGAUUUUUAG